AUGACCUGCACGAUGCUGGCGCUGCUGCUGCACUGCGUGUGCGUCGCCACCACCGCCUCCUCAGCCAGCUCAGGGCUGGGCGCGCUGGCGGGCGCGGGCGGGGGCGGCGGCGGGGGCGGGGGCGAGGUGCGGGAGAGGCCCUACUUCGACGACGUGUCUCCGCGCAACGUGACGGCCGUGGUGGGCCAGUCCGCCGUGCUGAGGUGCCGCGCCAAGCAUAUAGGGAAUAGGACUGUAUCCUGGAUGCGCAAGCGCGACCUACACAUCCUGACCUCCCACAUCUUCACGUACACGGGCGACGCGCGGUUCAGCGUACUGCACCCGGAACCCUCUGACGACUGGGACCUGAGGGUGGACUACGUGCAGCCGAGGGACGCCGGGGUCUACGAGUGCCAGAUCAACACGGAGCCCAAGAUCAACAUGGCCGUGUUCCUCACUGUCGAAGAUGAGUCCCACACCCCCGCGCCUCAGGCCCCGUCUCGCUCCUCAGCGGCGGCGGCGACGAUCUGGGGCUCGCAGGACGUGUACGUGAAGAAGGGCAGCACGAUAUCGCUGACCUGCUCUGUCAACGUGCACUCCUCGCCGCCCUCCAGCGCGUCCGUGCUGUGGUACCACGGCAGUUCCGUGGUAGACUUUGACUCGCCGCGCGGCGGCAUCAGCCUGGAGACGGAGAAGACGGAGGGCGGCACCACCAGCAAGCUGCUGGUCACUAAGGCAGCCCUGACUGACUCCGGGAACUACACCUGCGUGCCCAACAACGCGCACCCUGCUUCUGUGUCUGUGCACGUGCUUAAUGGGGAGCACCCGGCGGCGAUGCAGACGAGUAACCGCGGCGUGACGUCACGACUACCCCCCCUCAGUGCCGCCCUCCUCACCUACCUUCUCUCCGCGUUCGUCUGCAGAUGAUCGCUCCAUACCACGCCGCGAUAAGCAGUGACGUCAUCAACACGAGUGCGCUCACUG